UGGCGGGGACCGAGCUGCCGGACCGGCGUGCUGGCAUGCGCUGGCAUGCCUCUUUCCGUCCUGCGCUUUACUGAACGACGCUACGAGAGAUUUGCCGCCGCCGCCGCUCACGUUUGUUUUGCGAUUUUCGUAAACUGUUCUUUCCUUCUGUGCUGCGUGAGUGCCUACAGCCAAGGGCGCCCAACAUGCCCUCGUUCUGUGCAGCAUUCGGCUGCGCGAACACACGCGGGCGAGACGAUGUGGUGUUUCACAGGUUCCCGAAGCACAAGGAGCUUGCAGUGCAGUGCGGCACAGGAUAUAGUUCCAGAAAAAGAAUGGGAUGACUUUAUGGCUGCUCUACGUCGUGGACUGCCUGUGGCAUUCAGAAUUACAGGCUUUCUUCCGGAGUCCAAACACUUGCUGAACGUAAUCAAAAGUCAGUACUUUGCAGAACUAUUAAAUGUCGGAGGAGAUGAAGUAAAGGCAGGAAGACCAUCCAAUCUGACAUGGUAUCCAAAUGAACUGGCAUGGCAACUUGAUUUGUCUCGCAUCAUGAUACGGAAAUCGGAGGCAUAUGCACGGCUCCACAGUUUCCUGAUAUCAGAAACGGACACAGGUAACAUUACACGACAAGAAGCAGUAAGCAUGAUUCCACCUCUUCUGCUUGACGUCCAGCCCCACCACAAGGUUCUGGACAUGUGUGCUGCUCCUGGCUCCAAAACAGCUCAGGUGAUGGAGAUGCUGCAUGGGCAUGUGAACACGAUCCCAGAAGGCGUUGUGGUGGCCAAUGAUGUGGACAACAAGCGCUGUUACAUGCUGGUGCAUCAAGCUAAGCGGCUACACUCCACCUGCUGCCUUGUUACUAAUCAUGAUGCAGCUGCCAUGCCAAACAUGUAUCUUUCCAAAGAGGAUGGAUCCCAAGAGGUUUUAAAAUACGACAGAAUUCUUUGCGAUGUCCCUUGCAGUGGAGAUGGGACUUUAAGGAAAAACAUCGACCUGUGGAGGAAAUGGAAUGUGGCUAAUGGAAACAGCAUUCAUGGCCUGCAGGUGCGCAUUGCACGCCGUGGCCUUGAGCUUUUGGUUGAAGGGGGCAUAAUGGUAUACUCAACGUGUUCUAUGAACCCCUUGGAGAAUGAAGCAGUCAUCUCGAGCCUUUUGCUUCAGUGUGAAGGAACGGUAGAGCUGGUUGAUGCCAGGAGCAGUUUGCCGGGCUUAGUGAGCAGCCCAGGCCUCUGUACAUGGAAAGUUUCCAGUAAAGAUAUGGCAGUUUACUCUUCAUUUGGUGAAGUUCCAGAGAGAUACCACACACAAAUCAGGGCACACAUGUUCCCUCCAUCAUCUGAGGUGGCUGCACAGUUGAAAUUGGAGCGCUGCAUAAGAAUCCUUCCUCACCAGCAAGACACAGGUGCAUUCUUUGUUGCUGUACUAAAGAAAACGGCACCGAAACUGCCAUGGGAAUCUCAACAAAAAGACAAAGGCCUAGGCUUCAGAAGUACAGUGACACAUGUGAGGGUGACCAGGCAUUACAAGGAUGGACAGAAUGGAACUGAUCAUGAAGAGAAGCAGGAUACUAAAGAGGACAGAAGUGUAGCCCCAAGGAAGAAACGAAGGAUCCAGGGUUACAAAGAAGAUCCUUUUGUGUUCCUUUCAGAAGAUGACAAGAUUUGGAAAGCAGUACGAGAUUUCUAUGAAGUGGACCCAGCUUUCCCUAACCAGCAGCUGUUGGGCCGUUGUCAACAAGAGAAUAAGCGCAACAUCUAUCUUGUAUCUAAGACCGUGAGGAACAUUAUUGAAUUGAACCGUGAAAGAAUCAAGAUCAUCAACACGGGUGUCCGGGUUUUUUGUCGUUGUGAGGGAAAAGAAGAGUUGGCAUGUGACUUCAGGGUUUGCCAAGAGGGCCUUCCUACAGUGCUGCCUUACUUGAACAAGAGAAAGCUGACUAUGAGCAGGCAAGACCUUUAUGUGCUGCUUACGGAGGAAUAUCCACUGGAGUCACAGUUUUCACCUGAACUGCAGGAGCAGCUGAAAGACCUUGAAAAGGGAUGUGUGCUGCUUGUCUACACCUCAUUUCCAGGGACUGCAGAUGAAUUCCAGCUAGUCCUGGCUGGGAGAAGAGGAAAGGCAACGCUGAGGUGUUAUGUAGCUAAGCAAGAAAGGGUGCACUACCUUCGCGUAUGUGGCUACGAUGUUUCUGAGUAUGAAAAGCGUGACAGAAAGAAGAAGCCAGAGGACAACCUCAAUAUGGAGGUUUUGGGAGCUGGGGACUCAGCCAAGGAUGCACAAGAAGCAACACAAGAAAAAACAGAAGACAGUUGUAAAGCACAGAAUAAUGACUAGGCACAUUUUUGAUAGCUAUUAGAACGUCCAUUUCCUGUGGCCUUUCUUACUCGUUUGGGACCAUGGUCUGUAUCUCACAAAAAGUGACUUAAAAGUUAUCUCGCGACGCGAGGGUCUGCUGAUGAAGUGUGCUGUAUCUGGUAUGCCAUAUUAUGUGGGAGCCUUGCUGUAAUCAGAAUGUGGCCUCCAGGGAGCAGAUUCUAAUGACUUGUCCUUCAGCUCAUUGACUGGCAUCUAAAAUGGUGUAACACACCUGCACCUUACACCGAUUCACAGUGCUGCAUGUAGGCCACUUGUAGGUUACUUAAAAUAAUUCAGUUACCUUUCUGUUAUAGUUUUAGCUCUGCCUGACAAACUUGCCUACUUUUAAUGAAGCUCUGCAGAAUUAUUCUGACCAUAAAUCAUUUCACUUCAAAAGAUUCUUUGUACAAUCUUAAGCCCAAAUUAAAAAAAUAAAUAAAAUAAAAUUGAUACGCACAUACAAAAUUUGUUAACUUAAUUAGAAAUUGAAGCAGAUGCAUUUCAGACAUCUAGUGAACACUAGCAAUGAGAACAGCCCAUUUUAAAAUGUGUACUGGAAGUUUAGGUGGACUUGAAGCCAUAGACAGCACCUGUGCCUUCUGUCAGUGUCAUUUUGGGACACAUGCCAAUGCUACCCAAAGGCACAGGCUGCCUAGCUUAGAGCUGGGCAGGUUUGCCUGAUGUUGACUUACUGCAUCGUGAGGAAGAAAGCGUGGGCAGCUGCCAGAAGAUUGAGUUUGGUUACAUUGCUCUUAGUUUGGAGAAAUAGCCUGGAGAAGGGGGGAGGGGGGGGGCAAGAAGGGGUUAUCCAGAGAAAACAAGGCAUGCUUCAUGUUGGAGUGGCAGGCAGUGCCCUUUGUGCCACCAUUGGACUCUUUCUUUUGGUAUCUUAAUGUUUAUUUGUGCCUGCUGUUCCUUCUUGCAUUUGUUGAGUUUAAGGAAAAAAUGUGUAGAGUGUGCACGCAAGCAAUUGGCAGUAAGCAUCAUCUCAUGUUACAUCCGUAGCCAAAAGUCAUCACUGCAUGUUGCUCUGGUCUGCGAGGAGUGUGUGUUGUUGGAACGGAUUAAAAUGCUAAACUGUCA